AAAAGUGUCCCCAUCAUCCCCGCAAUAACCUUAUUAUUCACAACUUGUUGACUGUCUGACACAAUCCUCCGGUAGUGACCAAGACUCUUCCCCAACCUCAGAUCUUUUCUCAAAAAAACCCAGCGACAAAAUCCAUGGACGAUUUCCGAUCCAAAUCGUACGGACACGGAAGAAUGGAGCUGGAGAGCUACUACGGAACUGGGUCCAACGGAGCCGGAAGAGGGCCCAACUCCUUCGCCGUUAACGGGAUGAAAGAUCUCAGAUGCUACAGCGCCUCCUAUGCAUGCCCACCACAACUGCACAACAAUGAGAGCAAGUUCAAGAAGGGCAAGUCGGGAAGUGGCUCGAUUUCGAAGAGCUGGAGCUUCAGUGAUCCGGAGCUGCAGAGGAAGAAGAGGGUGGCGAGCUACAAGGCGUACACUGUGGAGGGGAAGCUCAAAGGGAGUUUGAGGAAGAGCUUCAGGUGGCUCAAGGAGACCUGUGAUAGAGUGGUCUACGGCCGGUAAUGGUUGCUUACUUGCUUCAAUUUUACUGAAUAUAUAUAUAUAUAUAUAUAUAUAUAUAUAUAUAUCUUGGUUUUUGGUUUAUUGAUUUGUGCACUGGGUCUGAAUCUGUUAAAGAGGAGAUUAUCAAGAUUAAUGAAUAUAUGUAAUGUGUUGUUUUGGUGAUGCUGAGUAUUUGUAUAUUGGAAAUUUCAGAA